AUGAAGUCCCAAUCCAAAUUUCUUUUCACAUCCGAGUCUGUAGGUGAAGGACACCCGGAUAAAAUAUGUGACCAAGUGGCCGAUGCCAUCCUCGACGAAUGUCUCAAGCAGAAUCCUCUGAGCAAGGUCGCUAUAGAGGUCGCUGUACGGCCAGGGCUAGUGAUUGUGUUUGGUGUUGUCCACUUCAUUCCCCAAUUGGAUAUCGACGCCAUUGUUCGCUUCGUGCUGAAAGACAUUGGGUACACUAGCCCAGACCAGGAGUUAGACUAUCGGACGUGCCAAGUCAUGGACUGCGUGGAGCUACACCCAUCGUUGUUUAACGGCAUAUCCUCUGGCCUUGAAGCACCCGAUGAUGAACCGGCAGGCGACCAGGGGAUGGCUUUUGGAUACGCAACAGAUGAAACCCCCCAGUUACUGCCCUUGACCCUCCAUCUAGCGCACAGGAUCUCCCGUGAACUGAAAGCCGCCCACACCAAUCGCAUCCUCCCAUGGCUUCGACCGGACACCAAGGCACAGGUUACCGUGGAGUAUGUUGAGGAUGAAGGUAGGAUGGUUCCCACCCGAGUCCAUAACGUGGUUAUUACUGCGCAGCAUACACCUGGUGUGCCACUCGAAAAGUUGCGGCAAGGGAUACUAGACAAGGUUGUCCGCAAGUCAAUUCCAGCGAAAUAUCUGGAUGACCGGACCGCCUAUCAUAUCCAGCCAACAGGAGAUGUAGGAGUGAGCCCAUCAGGCAAGUUCGCCGGCGUGACCGGUCGCAAAAUUGUUGUUGACACCUAUGGGGGCUGGGGUGCCCACGGGGGCGGCGCUUUCUCAGGGAAAGAUUUCCGCCAGGUUGAUCGGUCCGCAGCCUAUAUGGCGCGGUGGAUUGCCAAAUCACUUGUUCACCACGGGCUCGCACACCGGUGCCUCAUCCAGCUGUCUUACUCCAUCGGCAUCGCGGAGCCCUUGAGUAUUUUUAUCGAUACUUUCAAAACCAGCAAAUUCACCUCAGACCAAUUGAAGGAGAUUAUCCGCAAGAAUUUUGAUCUCAGGCCAGCAGCUAUUGCGAAAGACCUCAACUUGAUUGAUCCGAUCUACUACCAGACUGCCAAGAACGGACAUUUUACGAACGAGAAGUUCCCUUGGGAGCAACCCCUUGACUUGGUGUUGUAG